AUGCAGCUGAAGAAUAAUGUGACUGAAUUCAUUCUACUUGGAUUGACACAGGAUCCUGUUAGGAAGAAAAUCGUGUUUCUUGCUUUCUCACUUUGCUAUUUGGGGACAUUGCUGGGUAAUUUGCUCAUUAUUAGUACUAUCAAGACUAGUAAGUUAUUUGAGAGUCCAAUGUACUUCUUUCUUUUCCAUUUAUCCUUGUCUGAUACCUGCUUCUGUAACACAAUAGCUCCUAGAACAAUUGUCGAUGUCCUUAGGAAGAAUGCCAUCAUCUCUUUCAAUGAGUGCAUAACCCAAGUCUUUACAUCCCACUUCUUUGGCUGCUUGGAGAUCUUCAUUCUUAUCCUCAUGGCUGUUGAUCGUUAUGUGGCCAUCUGUAAACCCUUGCACUACAUGGCUAUCAUGAGUCGUCGAAUCUGCGGUACGUUGGUGGCUCUUGCCUGGGUGGGAGCCUGUGUGCAUUCUUUAGUUCAGAUUUUUCUAGCCUUAAGUUUGCCUUUCUGUGGGCCCAAUGUGAUAGAUCAUUACUUCUGUGACUUGCAGCCCUUGUUAAAUCUUGCUUGUGCAGAUACAUUUAUGGUCAACUUACUGUUGGUGUCCAACAGUGGGGCCAUUUGUGCAGUGAGUUUUGUCAUUCUUAUGUUCUCUUAUGUCAUCAUUUUGCAUUCUCUGAGGAACCACAGUGCUGAAGGGAGGAGAAAAGCCCUCUCCACUUGUGUCUCCCACAUCACUGUGGUCAUCAUGUUCUUUGUUCCUUGUAUAUUUAUCUACACGCGCCCUGCAACCACCUUCCCCAUGGAUAAAAUGAUAACUGUGUUUUAUACAAUCGGAACCCCUCUGUUCAAUCCCCUGAUUUAUACACUAAGGAAUGCUGAAAUGAAAAAUGCUAUGAGAAAGCUCUGGAACAAGAAUUUGAUCUCAGAUGAGAAAAUGUGA